AUGAUGGCCGACCGCGUUUCUGUUGUUGGCUUCCCAGGCCCUACACCAACUGGAGCUGAGCCAGCGGCAAUUCAGACUGCGAAUGCUUACCCGUACAACGAUGGAAAUGCUAAUGCCUUCCCCUUGAUCAACCCGCAACCGCAUGGCAGCGGAAGCCAGUCGCCUGACUUCGACAUCACUAAGUACUGGGGAAACCUGUCGCCAUGGUACUCCGUGCGCUCUUCGGAUUAUGGCUUACCUGAUGCGGACCCUCUAAUUCCUGAUGGAUGCGAUAUCACCCAAGUUCAUUUGCUGUAUCGCCACGGUGCCAGGUACCCUACUUCAGGCGCUGCGCCGCAGACCUUCGCUCAGAAGGUUGCAAAUGCCACCAAAACGGGCCUUUCAGUUUCCGGAGAUCUUACUUUCCUUGGUGACUGGACUUACAAGUUGGGAGCCGAACUCCUGACACCUUUUGGUCGCAGCCAAAAUUUCAUGCUCGGUGUUGCGUAUCGCCAGCUCUACGGCCACUUGCUGAACAACUUUACUGAGACCAAGACCAUCCCCGUCUUCCGCACCCAGUCGCAGGACCGCAUGGUAAAGACAGCCCAGAAUUUCGCAGCCGGCUUCUUCGGUGUGCCCGAGUUCCUCAAUGAGGUGAAUAUCGAGAUCAUCGUGGAAGCUCAGGGCGUCAACAACUCUGGAGCUCCAUACGAGAUCUGUAAAAACUCCAAUGUUGCCAACAAGGGCAGCAUCGGAAGUACUGUUGCAUCGCGUUUCGCCGCCAACGCGUUCAACUCGACCAUUGCGCGCCUUCAGUCGCAAGUCAGUGGCAUCAACUUCACCUCCACCGAUGCCAUCGCCAUGAUGCAGCUCUGCUCGUACGAGACCCAUGCUCUUGGAUACUCCGCGUUCUGCGACCUUUUCAGCGAAGAAGACUUCCUGAACUACGAGUAUUACUACGAUCUGUCGUUCUACUACAACAACGGCCCUGGUUCUCCAGUCGCCGCUGCGCAGGGCAAAGGAUAUCUUGAUGAGUUUAUUGCGCGAUUUACUGGCAAGUAUCCUGGUGCGAACUCCGCGCUGAAUGAAACGUUUGACAACACGACCACUUUCUUCCCGCUCAACCAGUCGAUCUACGCGGAUGCGACGCACGAGGUUGUUGUGCUUGACACUCUUACUGCGUUCAACUUGACCGCUCUAUUCAACGGCCCUCCUCUGAGCCCGACCGGAAAUCGUAGGGAAAACAGCUUUGUUGCAUCCAAGCUCGUACCUUUUGCGACGCACUUUACUGCGCAGGUGUUGAGCUGCCCGGCUAUGCAACCGACGAAGCAGAUCAGGUUCAUUGUCAACGACGCUGUCAUCCCAAUCAACGAAUCAUAUCCGGGAUGCCCUGAGGAUGCGAAUGGUCUCUGCUCUUUUGAUCAUGUUGUGUCCGUGCUGCAGAAGCGCAGUGCUGAGAUCGACUUUGACUACGACUGCUUCGCAAACUACACCGCGUCGCCGGGUAUGGAUUACAACGGACGUGCUCCGAAGGCGUAA